CUUCUUCCCUCUCUGAAAAUGGUGUUUUUUCUAACCAUUUUGUCCUUCCUUCCUCUCUUAUAUCUUGUCUAUAUUCUACUCAACGUUCUUGAAAGAAAAAGGCAUCAGAACUGUUAUUUACUGGAUUACCAGUUGUACAAACCCACCGAUGAUCGGAAACUCUCCACUGAAUUCUGUGGUGAAAUCAUCAGGAGGAAUAAAAACCUAGGUUUAAACGAGUACAAGUUCCUACUCAAAGCCAUUGUGAGCUCUGGCAUUGGUGAAGAAACCUACGCCCCAAGAAUGGUGUUUGAAGGCAGGGAAGAAAACCCUACUCAUCAAGAUACCAUCGUUGAGAUGGAAGAGCUUUUUGAGUACACCAUCGGAGAACUUUUCCGGCGAACUGGGAUUUCCCCUUCAGAUAUUGACGUUUUGGUUGUCAAUAUCUCCAUGCUGGCUUGCAUGCCGUCGUUGUCAAGUCGCAUCGUGAAUCAGUACAAGAUGAGGGAAGACAUCAAAACCUACAAUUUGUGUGGAAUGGGUUGUAGUGCGAGUUUGGUUUCUUUGAAUAUUGUUCAAAGCAUUUUCAAAGCCAAGAAACAUCAAUUGGCUAUGGUGGUGACAUCUGAAUCUUUGACUCCAAAUUGGUAUAUUGGUAACGACAAAUCCAUGAUUCUUUCAAACUGCUUGUUUAGAUCAGGUGGGUGUGCCAUGAUUCUAACAAACAACCCAAGUUUAUCCCAGAAAUGCAAGUUGAAGUUGAAUUGCUUAGUCCGAACCCACCAUGGAUCCAAAGACGAAUCCUACGGAUGUUGCAUAGAGACCGAAGAUGAUCAGGGUCGGGUCGGGUUUCAUCUUGGAAAAUCUUUACCCAAAGCCGCAGCCCGAGCCUUCAUAGACAACUUAAAAGAAAUCGCUCCGAAGAUCUUACCAAUCCGGGAGCUCCUCCGGUUCAGUAUCCUCUCCAUUACCUUAAAAAUGCUCAACAACGAUCAAAGAAAGUCAACCAGGUCAACCCGACCUAUAAUCAACUUCAAAACCGGCGUGGAUCACUUCUGCCUCCACACCGGAGGCAAAGCUGUGAUCGACACCGUGGCUCAAAGCCUCGGCCUGAGUGAAUGUGACGUCGAACCAGCCCGGAUGACCCUUCACCGGUUCGGAAACACGUCAGCGAGUAGCGUUUGGUAUGUUUUAGGGUACAUGGAGGCCAAGAAAAGGCUAAAAAAAGGUGAGAAAUUGUUCAUGAUAAGCUUUGGAGCAGGUUUCAAGUGCAAUAGUUGCUUAUGGGAAGUGAUGGGAGAUCUGGAAGGAGAAGAAAACGUGUGGAAAGAGUGUAAUAUUGAAUGCUACCCACCACAAACCCUAGCCAACCCGUUCUUGGAGAAAUAUGGAUGGAUCCAAGAUGCAGAUAUCGAUACCUUCAAGCUGCUGCCAGAGUGAGUAUAAUUUACAAGGAUACAAAGGUCAUUUUACACUUGUAAUUCAGUUUUUUAAUACAAGAAACAAAAGGUAUAAAAGGAUAAAAAUGCAUCCAUUGUUGUAUUAAUUACUUUCUUUUGUUUGUAUUGUGUAUUAUUUUUAAAUGAAAUUUGACA